AGAAACCCUGAGAGAACAAAUCAUUUUGCCACAAACUUCACACAGGAAAUCUGAGAUUCAGAGCAACUUAUAUUUUGGCUUGCAAUCGUCGAUCAUGGGGUGAUCCAGAAAUAAACUCCACACUUCAAAGAGGAAGAAAGUUCAGAGCUGCUCUUCAGUUUAUCAACACACAGAGCUGGAGAGAGAUGCGUCCAAAAGGGAAUUUUCUGAAUUAAGAGUUCACCAAAGAAAACCAUUCUGGGUAAACUUUGUUAGCUACAGAAAUCAUAAGGUGUUUUUAGCCAUCACUUCUGGCUUAAAGGGGAAAUUGGAAGAUGACAACGCAGGUCACGGUGGCGAGGAAUUCGCAAACAGGAGCAAUAGGACAUGAGGACUACAGUCUGUACAGCAGUAUGAGUGAGGAUGAGCUCAUUCAGAUGGCCAUAGAGCAAAGCCUGACAGAAGAGCCCGCAGAGCAAAUAGCUACGCAGAAGACAGUCACGGCAGCCCCCAGUGAACCUUAUUGCCAAAAUUUCUACCUUUACCCUUGGCAAAGGCGUGCUGCACAGUCCGGAGGCCAGACUCAAGCAUCCGGUUCAGGGGUCAGACGGAGGUACGAUGGCAGCUUCUUCAGCUCACCCCAGCCAGAAGUGCUGGAUCCUGUGGUGUCAAUGAUCAAGAAAGGAGAUGAAAAGGCAUUGCAUGAUAUGAUGAAGUCAGGCAAAAACCUUGCACAGCCUAACAAAGAUGGAUGGCUGCCACUCCAUGAAGCUGCUUACUAUGGACAAGAGGGCUGCUUGAAACUGCUGCAUAAAUCGUAUCCUGGGAUAAUUGAUCAGCGUACCCUUCAAGAGGAAACAGCACUCUACUUAGCAACAAAUGGAGGGAAUAUUGAUUGCAUGCAUUCAUUGCUACAGGCUGGAGCAGACCCUGAUAUCGCAAACAAAGUUAGGGAGACUCCACUUUAUAAAGCCUGUGAACGCAAAAAUGUCGAAGCAGUUAAGGUGCUGUUGCAAUACAAUGCUGACACGAACCAUCGCUGCAAUCGGGGAUGGACUGCUCUCCACGAAGCUGUUGCUCGGAAUGAUUUGGAAAUAAUAGAUCUUUUGAUCAAAGGAGGUGCCAAAGCUGAAACUGCAAAUUCCUAUGGGAUCACCUCAUUUUUUGUGGCCGCUGAGAGUGGCCACUUAGAAGCCUUGCGUUACCUUGCCAAGUGUGGAGCUGAUAUCAAUACUCAAGCAAGCGACAAAGCCUCUGCUCUCUAUGAAGCUUGUAAAAAUGGACAUGAGAAGAUUGUGGAGUUUCUCUUGUCCCAAGGUGCCGAUGCUAACAAAACCAAUAAGGAUGGGUUCUUACCUAUACACAUGGCCUCCAAAAAAGGCUACUAUGAGAUUGUGAAAAUGCUGCUCCCGGUAACCAGUCGCACUCGAAUCAAACGCAGUGGCAUCAGUCCUCUGCAUUUCGCAGCUGAACGCAACCACGAUGAUGUCUUGGAAGAGCUGAUUGAGGCAGGCUUUGAUGUGAAUGCCACUCUCUCUUUUGAGCGCUCCCGACUCUACGAGGACAGGCGUACUACUGUUCUGUAUUUUGCAGUUGUGAACAACAAUGUUUAUGCUACUGAACUGCUGCUUGAAGCCGGGGCCAAUCCCAAUGUUGACCUCAUCAACCCACUGCUCAUCUCCAUCCGCCAUGGCUGCUUGAAGACAAUGAAGCUCCUUCUUGAUUAUGGAGCCAAUAUUGAUGCCUAUGUUGCUUCCCACCCUACUUCCUUCCCUGCUACCAUCAUGUUCUCAAUGAAGUACCUUGUCCUGCUGAAAUUUCUGAUGGAUCUGGGCUGUGAUGCCACCUCCUGUUUUCAAUGUCAGUAUGGGUGUGGCCCACAUCCUCCCAUUGAUACUAGGAGAGACAGGUAUCAUGAUCGCCAGGUGAAUAAAGAGCAAAGUGUUGUGCAGUUUUGUGAAAUGGUUUCAACUCCAGAGAUAAGUCGUUGGGCAGGGCCUAUUAUCGAUGUUCUCCUGGAUUACGUGGGCAAUGUGCAACUUUGUUCCCGGCUGAAGGAGCACAUUGACAGUUAUGAAGACUGGUCUACCAUUAAACACAAAGCAGAGCCACCAAGGCCACUUGCUCACCUCUGCAGGAUCAAAAUUCGAAGUCUGAUUGGGAAGAAUCGUUUAGCUCUUAUUGACACUUUGCCUUUGCCAGCAAGACUACUUCGCUAUUUGCAACAUGAUUAUACUCAGUGAUCUCAGGUGAACUUGAAGUCAAUCAUUUGCUGGAGCGACAGCCAUAUUUAUCACAAUCAUGAGACGGAGGCAGACUGAUGGAAUGGAAGAAAAGACUGGCUUUGCUCUGUAAGAACAAAAAAGGCUGUCUGCAAAUCAGAAUUGCGGAAGAGGUUAAUCCAACAAUAUUUAGAGUGUGGAAAGGAAAACAGGGUAAAAGACACUGAGAGCAUAUGGCAAACAAAAAUGCUAUUUUGUAUAUAAAAACAUUUAAACUUUGAAUUUCUAAGCACCUCAGCACUAUAUGUAAGGAGGAUAAUAUGAAAGAGCUCACAGCACCAGUUCACAUAGGCAGUCACAACUAUCCCUAAAUAUGCCCAUACAGACAAAUAUAAUAUGUAAACCAGGUGAUGAUCACAGUUUUCAUUAUUGUAGUGACACAUUCUUUUCUGUUUUCUUUUGCAUUUUGCAUCUGUGGCAAUUGCAGGAAUUGCCAGUUCACACAUCAUAUUUGUCGGCAUGACUGGUUGCAUACCCAGGAGCAAUUAGGGUUGCUCAUAAGGACAACAAAUAUAUUUUGUGAAUGGUCCUCCAGUUACAGCAUCCUGUUCUAAUGCAAAGAUUUUAAAUCCUCCAGUAAUGGUUAAAUUUCACUAUAAUGUUUCAUUUCAUUGGUAGUGCUUCACUUUAGUUGUUUGCUGAAUUGAUCAACUGGCAGUUAUUUCUGCCUCAUUUGAUACCAUCCAUGCACAUUCUUCUUAUAAUUUAGUUGGUCUUUCUGAAUGUAGAGUUGACUUUUUUCCUUAGUGAUAAAUGUCACAAGCAUUUAACAAUAUUUUUGUUCCCACAUAACACAUUUUGUGAAUAUGGGAUCUAAUUAAGAAAUUAUUCCAAUAAAAUUUAAGCAAAGGCCUUUCCAAGGGGUCAUUCUGAGGUCAUUGAAGCCAAUGGUAUUUAACCCUUCUAUUAUAGCAAUAAUGCAAGAAAGAGCUGAUUCAAAAUUUGCAUCACUUCAGAAGAAAAUUGUUACUGGAAAACAAUGACAAUGUUUUGCACAAUUGCAAAUAGACAAUGAAUCAGCUUCAGAUCAAGUACUUUGGCUUAACUUGAGUUGUGAUUUGGGUACUCAGAUGCUGGAUGAUGCCUAAUCAACAGCCCAAACAGAAAAUCCAAACAGUGAAUGACCUAUGGCUUAUAUGUAUUAAAGAGUAUCAGGUAAGUUAGCUUCUAAACCAUAGUAAAUAAUUCCUUCAAAAUGAAACCAUGACUUAGCUGAGGUGUAUUUAAAUGAGCUAAAGAGGUGACACAAUGCCAUUAUAAGGAAAAUUAUUCAUGCAUUUUCACUGAUGUCUGUCAUGAUCUUCCAUUGGCAUUGUCUUCAUAUUGAACCCUUAGAUCAAGAUGUGUUAUGGUAUGGUUUCACCCCUUUCUUAUAAACGUUCAACACAUUAAAGUGAAAUAGAACUCUCAAGUAUAUAAACAUUGCCCUGUAAUUGGUGUAGUUCAUGGUUACAGCCUUGAGUUUUGAUCAUAUGCUUUUUGUGUUUGAGAAGGUGACAACAGAAAUAGGCCUAACAACUCUAAAGCUAUUGUACUGAAGCAGAAUCAAGCACAUCAUUACAAACAUCUCAACAGAGCUUGGUGGAGAUGUCCAAAAUAAAAUGCUGGACACCUUGUGGACAGAACUGUAUGAAAUUCUUACACUGUAAUGCAGGAGUAGGUUAUAUAAUAAGGAACACACAGCAGAGCUUUUGCCAUUGAGUAAAAAAUAAUAAUUCCCAUGCACAGUAAUAAUAACAAAGGCACAGUUUUCUUUAUAGCUUGAAAUGUCCUAACUGGUUGUGGAUGGAGCAACAGUACUAAUCUUGAACUAACAGUCUAGUAUUUAUAUUAUUCAGAGGCUGAGGAGUCUGGUCAGCUUCUUAUUCUUAGGGAAACCCUUUCUUGUACUCAAGAUAUUGAAGAAGCAGAGAAAUGGCCCUCCUGGUUUCUCUCUAUCCAUCUAUGAAUAUGUAACCUAUAGAUAUGAAUUCCAAUGAGGUUAUCACAGAAUCAUAGCAUAGUAGAGUUGGAAGGGGCCUAUAAGGCCAUCGAGUCCAACCCCCUGUUCAGUGCAGGCAUCCCAAUUAAAGCAUACCCGACAGGUAUGCGCUGCAAAAAAAGUUAGCACAAACCUCAGGAAAUAAUAAUGUAGUUAGCAAUAAACAUAAAAUGAGGGAGGAAAUGGUCAGAGGCAGCAUGCUUCUGAAAACCAGUUGCUGGAAGCCUCAGGAGGGGAGAGUGUUGUUGCACUCGGGUCCUGCUUGCGGGCUUCCCCCAGGCACCUGGUUGGCCACUGUGAGAACAGGAUGCUGGACUAGAUGGGCCACUGGCCUGAUCCAGCAGGCUCUUCUUAUGUUCUUAUGUUAUUAUGUCUACUUAAAAGCUCCCCUGACAAUUGUGCUUUCACUUGAUUCUUUUUGCCAUCUAUUUUACAUGGUUAGUUUACAUUUAUUUGCACAUAGUGCAUGCUACCUCUCUAAAUCAUUUUCUCUCAGUCCAGUAACAGAAAACAAUUUACACAAAGGUUUUCAUGCACAGGUCAGCUGGACUGAGUUUGCAAAAGGCUACUGGAUGAGGAAAACAAGACUGUUUGAACAUUGGGUUAAUGAAUGUAAAUCUGCAUGCAUUACCCCACUUAAAUCCUCAUACAGCGGUCUGUACUGGGGAAAUAUAGGCACAGCAGCAGGUAUGUGGCUUUCUGCUGCUCCAGUGAUUUCCUGGAUAUGGGAAACUGAAUUUUUUACAAAAACUAUUUCACCAGUUAUACAAAAUUUGUACAAAUUCUACUGCCUUUUAUAAAAAUCAAUGCAGCUGUACAGAAGUGAUUGUAAAUUUGAAAGAUAGAAUAGUUAGGACUUUAUAACAAGUUCUGCAGUUCCAGUAUAUAGAAUGGUGGCAUGCAUUAACAGAUGUUAGAAAAAUCCUCAUUAACAUAUAUCUGAUAUUCAAGGAAUGUUCUAUAUUUUUUUUCAGAGCAUUCUGUGGCAUGACUGAUGUAUUAUUUCCAUAGGCAUGUGUGCAAUUUGUUUUGUGUUAUAAUGCACUUUUGAGGUUUUCAGUUUUGUUACUACAGCUUUUUAAAACUGUGGGGUUUGAUUGGGGGGGAGGAGGGGUGCGUGCAGUAUUUAUAAAGUUGUUUUAAUUUUAGGCUUUAUUGCUUGCAUUAAAUAUGAGUAAAAUUA